UCCUCCCGACUCCUCAGACUGGCUCUGUAUGUGAGCUCCUAGGCCUCCAAAGAAAACAGACACACAAGAAAGGAGGAACCUCUCUUCUGCUCUCCUCACUCCAUUCACAGAGCCUGCGAGAACUUGCCCCUGCUGGGACCUCCCAACUGAGCCCCCGUUUUCUCCUCUCCCAUUGUGACAUGGACUAUUCUGGUUGAAAACGUUAACACCGUUUUUAACGAAGAGCACUUUUUACUGGCCGUGACCCAACUUCGUCUAGCGAUGACACCUUGACUUUGGAUUUUAGCACCAAAUCGAACUCGAACCAGAUCCUCGUUGGACCUCGUCACUCAGCUGGGCCGUUCAGGUGUUUCAAGUACCCCGAAAAUGGGUUCCGAUGUACGUGACCUCAACACUCUUCUCCCUCCCGUAACCGCUCUGCCAGGGGGGAACGGUAACUGUGCCCUCCCCGUGAGCAGCACCCCGCAGUGGGCUCCUAUGCUGGACUUUCACACCGGCGCACCCUACAGCUCGCUGGCCCCGCACUCCUUCAUCAAGCAGGAGCCCAGCUGGGGCACGACCGACCCUCAUGAAGACCCUCACUGUGGGCUGAGCGCCUUCACUGUGCACUUCUCUGGACAGUUCACUGGCACUGGGGCCUGCAGGUACGGAGCCUUCGGGGCCCCUACAGCCAGCCAGCCACCACCCACCCAGCCCAGGAUGUUCAGCAAUAGCCCUUACCUGUCCAACUGCAUGGACAGCCAGCCCAGCUCCAGGAAUCAGGGUUACGGCACAGUUGCUUUUGAUGGAGGCACAAACUACGGACACACGCCUUCCCACCACACCUCGCAGUUUCCCAACCAUUCCUUCAAACACGAGGACCCCAUCACGCAGCAAAGCAACAUGGGUGAGCAGCAGUAUCCUGUCCCUCCUCCAGUGUACGGUUGUCACACUCCGUCUGACAGCUGUACAGGAAGUCAGGCCCUGCUCCUGAGGAACCCGUACAACAGCGAUAAUUUAUAUCAAAUGGCGUCACAGUUGGAGUGCAUGGGGUGGAAUCCUGUCAACCCUUUGGCAUCCACUAUAAAGAGUCACGCAGGAGGGUAUGAGAGCGACCCCAGCACACCCAUGGUCUACAGCUGCAGCACGCAGUACCGCAUCCACACCCACGGUGUCUUCAGAGGCCUUCAGGACGUGCGGAGAGUACCGGGCAUUACACCCGCCAUUGUGCGUUCAUCCGAGACCAACGAAAAAAGGCCGUUCAUGUGCGCCUACCCGGGCUGUAACAAAAGAUACUUUAAACUUUCUCACUUACAGAUGCACAGUCGUAAACACACAGGGGAGAAACCCUAUCAGUGUGACUUCACAGACUGUGGUCGCAGGUUCUCCAGAUCAGACCAGCUCAAACGACACCAGAGAAGACACACAGGCGUUAAGCCAUUCCAGUGCGAAACCUGUCAGAGAAAGUUCUCACGGUCAGACCAUCUUAAGACCCACACCCGGACACAUACAGGUAAAACAAGUGAGAAACCCUUUAACUGCAGAUGGCCAAACUGUCAGAAGAAGUUUGCCAGGUCUGAUGAGCUCGUCCGGCACCACAAUAUGCACCAGAGGAAUCUGACGAAACUGCAGCUGGCCAUCUGAGCCGUGUCCCAUUGGCAGUGGCUCCUCUUGGGUGCUGGUGCGGUCCCGUCCCAGAGCAUAAACUGCAGCUUGUUUAAGGAAAAGCCUGUUUUCCUUUAUAAUAGUUCAGGUGAUGGAGUUGCAAGACAUGGCAACAGCACUCUUUAUCUGCAGGUGCAGCGCCCCUAGAGGCAGCUCACAACGGGCCCUUAUAAAACACUACAAUGGUGUCAAUGUACAAGCAUCUGUUUCCAGUGAGGAAACCUUACGUCUUUUAAUAUGAUUUUGAGAUUUGGGAUGUGAAAUAUUAUGUAUCUAACAAGUAAUUAAGUAGUGUUUUAGACUAAUUUAUUAUGUUUGUUGUAAAUUAAACUCUUCAAACUAUCUGUCCUCAUGUUGUAUCUAGAAUUGUAAAACUCUCUCCACUGAAGUGCUCAUCCAUGCUGUUUGUAAAAAAUCCACUCUUUUUGACCUUACCAGUUAAUUUAUGAGUAGGUCACACUGGUUAUGUGGCUGAGCGAUUGUGGUCAAGUUGUAAAUAUUCAUUAAAGUUUCAAUCCUCAGCAAAAACACCAAAAAAAAAAAAAAAAAAUCUAGGCAAAAUUCUGGUUAUGGAAAAUGUGACACAUAAGUAACAUAAGAAAUGUGAAACAUUUGGAUAAAAAUGUUUUUUUUUUUUUUUAAAUGAGCUUUAUUUGUAUGUUUGUCGUAUAUAUCUGUUAUCGACAGUCAUUAUUUUUUUAUUUUGUAAAAAAAUAAACUUUUGGCAUUAACUUGAAAAGUGAA